AUGGAAGAACUGAAAGAAAAUGUACGCAAAUACAACAAUCCUUUUUACUUACGAGCAUAUAACGUUCAAUCUUUGGAUGAACUCGGUGAAAAUAAAAGGUUAAAUUUCAACAAAACAUAUAGAAAUGAAACAUUGUUUAAAGUUCAUUCAGAACCUAACCAAUAUGGAAACAAACCUACUUUUGUUUCUGCAGACGAUGGAACUACAAUGAGAUGGGGUCAUAAAGCUAAUCCGGAUAGGUGGUUCAUAAACUUACAACCUCAAUUCCAAGAAGUUGUAGACGCAAUGGAAGUGAAUGGUGAACCAGAUAUAGCUGGUAUUUUCAGCGCGGCUUUAAUGCCAUUGAAAGAUAUGAAAGAUGCAGAUAUUUUGAACCAGUAUGAAAUGAACAUGGCUGAUGGAAAUAUAACACCUGACGUUCUAGAACAUUUAUCUCAAAGAACUACACAGAACCAUAGAGAUGGUAUAUUUGGUGAAGAGUUUAGAAAGAGAGUUAGGGAGAGAGAAGGAAGAGAACCUAUUGUACAUGACCUUGCAAACGAAAGUUUGCAAAAUGUCAUAAAAACUUACUUUGCAGACAAUGAACAGAAAAGGGAUGAAUAUUUAAGAAAACUCAAAUGGACAGUACCAAAUGAAAUGUUAGUAUUGAAAAACAUGUUCCUUGACAAAAUAAAACCAACUACAGAAAUAAAUGACGCAAGACUGGAACAUUGGGUAAAAGCUUUCCCAUUCACAAAAGAUAUUAUUGGUUACAUGGAAAGAAAACCAGAAUGGCUACAAAAACAUAUAUUUGGAAACGAGCAUAUUCCAUAUGGUCAGGCACUGUUUGAAGAGCUUGAACCGGAAACUCAGGAAAGAGUCAUGCAAACAAUAAGCGAAGACUCAAAUACAGACUAUGACAAAAUCUUUCUAGGAUAUAGGUUACCUGAGAUGGGCGACCAGAGCCCAAAGGCAAAAAGGACAUGGGAAAUUUACAACAUACUAGGUGAACAUAAGGCAAAGAUGCAACAAAACUCAGUCAGGAAGAAAGUAAAGCUUGGUACGAGUGGGUUCUAUUAUGACACAUAA